AUGUCUGAAUAAACUUUGCUUGAAUCUAAUGAUGAUGAUAGGAUGGAGAGAGUAGUUUCUCACCAUAUGGAUAUUAUUUAAGAAGAAAGUUUUGUAGAUGAAGAAGAGUAAAAGGUAGAAUCAAAUAUAGAAUCUAUUUAAAUACCAUUAAGAAGAAAGAGUUCAUCAUCUCUUACUCUCGAAAACCCUUUUGUCUGUGUUUAAACAUUAUUCCUUAAAGCUAUCAUAUUAUUUAUGUACUUCUUUAUUAAUUUUUUUAAGUUUAAACUACCUUGGCAGAUUUUGCUUUCUCUGAUACUUGUGGUUGAUUUCGUAUUUUUCAACACAUAUUCAUAAUUCAAGUUAAUUGGUACUAAAUGGACUAUCAAAAGACCUUAGUCAUCCAUAAUUGAUAUAAUUCAAGUAUAAUUUAAUCCAAAUUUCUUAGUAACAGGGGAUUAGUCUAAUAAUGUAUAUCUAGAUAUUGUAAUAUUUAUUUUGAGUUUGCUAGUGCAUUACCUAUUUGCUUUGGCACAUUUACUUAUUGUUAUUUUUAUAUUGGAAGACUACUCAUAAAUUUAUCUAGAUUCCAUAGGUAUUAGCUUAAACAUCAUAAACUGCAUAGGAUUUUACCUUUGCUUUAAAGCUAAAAAAAAUAUUUAGAGAUAAAAUUAAGUGAUUCAAUUAAGAAUAAUAAGCAAUUCAACUAAAAGAACUACAAUAGGUUAGUCUCUUGUUUCAAGAAAUGCUAGCAUAAAUUGA